CAGUCACUGUCCAAGAAGGAAAUGCGUUAGUGCAGUUUUGACUUUGGAAUGUCCUGCUCUUUGCCAGUGGUGAUCACAGCCUUCACACUUAUACCAGGGAGGUUUUGAUUUAGGAAUCUGGUCUGUGAGGGGGACAGUCAAUGCAUCAUCUAUGCAUCAGACUUUAGAUGCAUGUUUUGAUGCAAUUCUAUUCACAUCAUAAAAAAUGUAAAUUUUUAACUCUGAAGGAAUCACAAUAGUCUGUUUUUCAUACUUGCAUUAUCUUGGGCAAACACUGAAAUUCUGGAUUAAUGUUUAACUCUAAGAGUGUUAUUCUCAGUUUAAGCAAAGGAUCAGUUUCAGGGCUCAGCCUCAGGGGUCUUGAUGAUCAGGCUUCAGGCUCCCAGGAGAAGCCUCCUACACCACGGGUGACCGGAUACAGUCGACAGAGGGAACAGUCCCCAAGCUCAGACAAUGUGGAUUGGGUAUAAAAUCUUAGUCUUUUCUUAUCUGACUGUGGACAUUUGCAUGGAGAAGCAUUAUUUAUCUCAAGGAGAAGUGGACCAAGGAUCUUCCUUCGCUAGGAAUCGCACCAUUUUGGAAGGUGUUCGAUUCAAAAGAGCCACUUACCAAGGACAGUACUGUAGGAGGUUUGGCUGCUGUGAAGGCAGAAAUGAUGACUGUGUCACCCGGUUCUACGAGGCAAACGCAUGGUGUUACUGUGACAGAUUCUGUGAGAAGGAAAAUUCGGAUUGCUGCCCUGAUUACAAGUCCUUCUGCCGUGAAGAGAGAAGGUGGCCUCCUCCCCCACAGCCAUCGGACAUAAAAGGUUGCUUCAGAGACGGGCAACAUUAUGAAGAAGGAUCAGUAAUUAAAGAAAACUGCAACUCUUGCACAUGCUCAGCACAGCAAUGGAAAUGUUCCCAGCGUGCAUGCCUCGUUUGUCCAGAAUUAAUUGAACACAUCAAUAAAGGAGACUACGGAUGGACGGCACAGAACUACAGUCAGUUCUGGGGCAUGACUCUAGAAGAGGGCUUCAAAUUUCGCCUGGGCACCUUGCCCCCCAGCCCUGCGCUCCUGGGCAUGAACGAAGUGACGGCUGCUUUACCUGCCAAAAUUGAUCUUCCAGAAUUUUUUAUUGCCUCUUAUAAGUGGCCAGGAUGGACUCACGGCCCUCUGGAUCAGAAAAACUGUGCUGCGUCCUGGGCGUUUUCCACUGCAAGUGUGGCUGCUGACCGAAUAGCAAUUCAGUCCAGUGGUCGAUACACAGCCAACCUCUCCCCCCAGAAUCUGAUCUCUUGCUGUGCCAGGAAACGUCACGGAUGCGGCGGUGGAAGCGUCGAUAGGGCGUGGUGGUACCUGAGAAAACGUGGACUGGUAUCUCAUGCAUGCUAUCCACUUUUCAAGGACCAAAAUGCAACCAAUGGAUGUGCCAUGGCCAGCAGGUCCGACGGGCGGGGAAAACGGCAUGCCACGACUCCCUGCCCCAACCACAUAGAGAAAUCGAACAGGAUCUACCAGUGCUCUCCCCCGUACAGGGUCUCUUCCAAUGAAACUCAGAUAAUGAAAGAAAUAAUGCAGAAUGGGCCAGUUCAAGCCAUAAUGAAAGUCCACGAAGAUUUCUUCUCUUACAAGACUGGGAUAUAUAGACAUGUUACCAGCACAAGUGAAGAUUCAGAAAAAUAUCAAAAGCUUCGGACACAUGCAGUCAAACUUACUGGGUGGGGUACACUGAAAGGAGCCAGAGGAAAAAAGGAAAAAUUCUGGAUUGCUGCCAAUUCCUGGGGCAAGUCAUGGGGAGAGAAUGGCUAUUUUAAGAUUCUUCGAGGAGUAAAUGAAUCUGACAUUGAAAAGUUGAUUAUCGCAGCUUGGGGCCAACUGACAAGUUCAGAGGAGCCGUGAGCCUACGGUCACAUGCUUACCCCCCUACACUGAAGGUCAGCAGGAUGAGGCUCUCUGCAGAAUGGGCCCUUUGCCUCUUCACUCUAUGUGUAAAUGUACCUGUUUUGUAGUUACCCAAGACUUGUACUCCUUGCUUGUAUUAUUGAAUAUAUGAAAAUGUAAUAAAGGGCAGUAGAGUGACUUCA